AUGGUGGAUUUAUGCGUAAGACCAAUCUCUGUGGCCUGUAUUCAUCCAUUCACUGUUUGGUGGCAGUUGCCAGAAGUUUGUGGCUAUUUCCUUUCCAGGAAGGGCGCUCCUUCUCAACCAGAAAUCACAUGUAGUAGGCAGGCACCUUCGCUUACUCGUAUCCCCUUCUCUCUCGCCCUACCAACACUCUUGGACCUCCCAUCCAUUCCUGAAUCAAAUCCUGUGAGAACACUUGUCCUACGGGACGUGCCUACAAGAAUGCCUCUCCAAUUAGCGCCCAGAAACUUCGAAAUCUACGCAAAAUGGGAUGGAGAUGUCAAACACGCUGUCGAAAUCAGCGUGUCAGUUGAAGUCGAGAGUGAGCCUGACACACAGCUUCGCCUUCUCGAUGCCAGAGCUCCAUCCGUUUCGUUGAAGCAGUCGUUCUUGUGGCGACUGCCACAAUCCGACCAAGGACACGGUCAUCCGGAUGCGGAGGCUGUGGACGAUACUUGCUCCAGAUACUUUUCUUUUGAGGAUGGAACCAGCAUCAAGCGACAGCAGAAAGACGAUAAUGAUGUACCAAGGACGCCUUAUACGAAAGAUAUGGAGCUUCCAUCUUCCCAGCCAAGUAGGAUCUUCCCUCCAAGUCCAGCAAGUGCUGAGAAGGACGUCAAAUCUCCUCAUCGCGUGCCAUCUGAGCAGUGCCACGAGCAUACACCUGCAGCCGGAACCGUCAUAAAAAUUACUUCAUUUAAUCUCGACGAAGAGAUAGCUCAUAGCGACCGCUCUCUGAGUAAGCGUUGUGACCCAGGUGAUGAUGUUAAGUCAACAAAAUCCGAGCAGCCAAUGAACCCCGGAUCUUCUUCAACAUGUGAUCUCCUACAUUUUUCGGAUCAAGGAUCUAAUGAACAGGACACAGAGGCCCAGGGUCUUGCGGACAAAGACACAAUCAUCUCGGAUGAUGCUGCUGCUGCAUUGUCAUUUGCUGCUUCACUGCCCUCAGACGCGGACCACCUCAAUGCACCACCUUCUCGAUCGCCAAAUCCUCCAUCUUCACAGGUUUUGUCGAGGAUAUCCUUGAGGGUUGUCAAACGUGACGAAAGGACCAGCAUUCGACUCAUGCGUAAGCGCACUGCCAAAGACGCAGGCCUUAGCGACUCGGGAUCCAACUCUCCUAAUGGACAUCACAUUGACAUUGAAGGGAGCGCAACCCACAAUGAAGUCCCAUCUCAGGAUCUCGAUCCAAGUCUCCCGAAUACUCCUGAUCUGGCGCUCCAGAAAACGGGAUCAGUCAAAAGACUUCAGCCUGUCAAAAUACCUGUAGGAACCCCCAUACGCACCAAUAGACGGAGCUUGAUUCCCAGACGUGCUGCUCAAUGCGAAAAUCCUAUUUCAGAGCCUUGCAUUUCACCGACGAAGCUUUGUGAGCCUUCAGAUUUGUUGUCUCAGCAGCUAAUAAUCUCAAAGGAAGAAGAACCAUCAGAUGAAUGUGAUUUGGCAGAAAAGCCUUUUUAUUCUGGGCAGGAUGACGUCUUCAGCGAGAGGGACGUCGUCAGUCCUAAGCUUUCUCCACACAUCAUGCCUUUAGUACCUCCUGUUACACCAGUUGAGGAGACAUAUGAAGACGAAACCAUCGGUAAAGAUGUUCCGAAAGACGACGCAGACGCUACAGAGUACCAGGAAGCUAGUAUCGACGAUCUGAGCCUUCCCCCUAGUCCAAGCCCGUCUUCCCAGGAUAUUAUGCCGUGGAAGUCAACAUCAGAACUUUUGGACUGUCCAAAAUCUGAAACUGAUCACGAUCAAGAGGACAAGGCGUAUGGAUCAGAAUACUCCGAUCGGUCUGAGGAAGACCCCGAGGUUGUGCUAGAGCAUGGACAUCUGCUCUUGCGAAAUGGUAGUGCCGUUAGACGAGCCCUUUACAAAGUCACGUUCAAUGCCUCCAUCCUGCUAAAGCCGGGGAGCGAUGGGUGGCUAAGCCUGCUCAUUCCAGGGUUGCCGAAGACGUCCAACGGCGAUCAUGGAGCUCUGUCCUUCGACAUACCCCCAGAUCGAGGGAUCGAGUUCAGGACUUCAGGUCUCCAUGCGUCGAAGAUUGACCAUCAUUGCUUUCAAGCUCGAUUCCCGAUCGUAGAGCGCCUCGACUUGUCUUUUCGUCUCGUGGAUUGGAAGAGGUACACCCUUCCGUCUUUCGAGAUGGAGCAAGAAAUAAGAGCCGACAGCAUGACGGUUAAGAACAAGCUACAACCGGAUAGAUCGCAAUUGUGGGUAUCGUAUCAUGCACUAUGUUCGUUACAGGUACACGAAGUUUGUUUUUGGGCAGAAAAAUGCUCCUUUGCCGUCCACGUAGACGGCGGCCCUCAAGGACAAUUUCAAUGUGAACUCGAGCCGCGACCGGGGCUUCAGGUAAUCCGCUUGGAUGCAAAAGGCGAACGACCAAUCGGAGUAUCUCACCUUGAAGUCGUGUGCGCUCCAAGCAGUCUGGAAUCGUUUGGCAUCACUUGGUCUGUCAAACUGGAAAGCAGCAAGUCAUCCACCUGGUUACCUAGGAUUUAUCCGGCGCUCUCGACCACCUAUGCGCGGGAGGGAAACCAUCUUCGCCGAAUGUUCGAUAAUGUCGAGGCUAUAACGCUUACUGACGACGAGGAUCCACACGAAUUCGUAACGUAUAAGGAUGAGGAUGUCCAGUCCACGAGCUCUUCUGAGAUGGUGAUGUACCCUCAAGAUGAUACGUCCGCGGCGGAGAUUGUUCCCGUCGUCCGCAGGAGCCCGUUCGACAGGAUUACCGCUGCAUGGGAGGAUCUGAUUCUUAACCUCAGGCGUGAGCCACUGGUGGCCGAAAGACCUACUCCUAUACAAAAAGCCGUAGCGCUUCUGGUGUUCAUCUUCUACUUCCUUGCUGGCCUCAGCCGGAUGCAAGGAAACCUCGGCUAUUCGCCAUGGAGUCUGGAGAAUAUGACUGCUGGGGCGUUUUUCGGCGUCGACAACAGUCAGCAGACGUUUCGAGACCGAUUCAUGAACUUCAGCAUCGGCACCGAACGUCUCCGGGAAGCUGUCCUUGGGAAUAUCUGCAAAGGUGCUGGAAAUAUUCCCGAUGGCGAACAUACCCAUGUAGCCUCUGAGACAAAUGUCAAACAGGGAGAGCCGGAGAACGACGAAUCUUCGGCCAAUACUCUAUCAAGAAACCAGAUGGAAAUGGACGCUGCCAAAGAGCCGUCUUCUACGGAUGAAGUUGGCAUUAUGCCUGUCGGGGAUGCCGCAUUAACAGAAAGGGAGAGUAACGUGCUCGACACGGUCAUAGGGUCAAACGAAGCUUCGCAACCGACAUGGUCGCUCCGAGAUAAAAUGGACUACUUCCUGGGAUGGAGGGGUCCUGUGGACGCGUAA